AUUUGACAGUAGUGGGCGGUCGGACGCAUGCGCACAACGUGGAAUUGGAAAAUAAUCUUGAACAGCUGUAGCUACCAUUCUUAUUAUACCUCAGUGGUAUCUACCAAAAAUACUAGUAACUGUCUGCUGCUGUAUUGUAGCCAUCUGUAGGUUCUGUACAGGGAGUCGGAGGAAGAGAAAUAGUUAGCUCGUGCCGCUAACUGGCACAAUGUCACUGCAAAGGUGUCAAACUGAUUGGGAAGAAAUUGACCAAGAAUAUCAACAAUUACAGGUAGGCCUAUGUGAAGCCGGUUUGACAGCUAGCUAACUUUAGUGCGUGGCGUGGACUACCGCCAGUUCGCAAGAGAGGAGAAUGAUAUAGCUACGAUUGUCAACUCAGUUUGGUAGCUUGCUAGCUAGUUAGCUUGCUAGCUAGCCUGUUAGGUAGUUAGCUUUCUAUCUAGCCUGCUAGUUAGCUUGCUAGCUAGCCUGCUAGAUAGCUACCUUAGUUAACCCAGCAUACUAACUUGACAAAAGGUUAUCAGUUAACGUUAUUAUUAGACACAAUAUUUAUUUUGUAUUCAGGAACUUUCCAAUAUAAUUAUGCUGAACAAAAAUAUAAAAGUAACAUGUAGUGUUGGUCCCAUAUAAUGAGCUGAGCUGAAAUAAAAGGUCCCAGAAAUUUUCCAUAUGCACAGAAAUAUUUUUCUCAAAUGUUGUGCACAUUUGUUUACAUCCCUGUUAGUGAGCAUUUCUCCUUUGCCAAGACAAUCCAUCCACCUGACAGGUGUGGCAUAUCAAGAAGUUGAUUUAACAGCAUGAUCAUUAUACAGGUGCACCUUGUGCUGGGGACAAUAAAAGGCCACUCUAAAAUGUGCAGUUUUGUCACACAACGCCACAGAUGUUUCAAGUUUUGAGGGAGCGUACAAUUGGUAUGCUGACUGCAGGAAUGGCCACCAGAGCUGUUGCCAGAGAAUUUAAUGUUCAUGUCUCUACCAGAAGCCGCCUCCGUCAUUUGGCAGUACGUCCAACCGGCCUCUCAACCUCAGACCACAUGUAUGGCGUUGUGUGGGCGAGCGGUUUGUUGAAGUUAACGUUGUGAACGGAGUUCCUCAUGGGGCGAUGGGGUUAUGGUAUGGGCAGGCAUAAGCUACGGACAUCGAACACAAUUGCAUUUUAUCGAUGGCAAUUUGAAUGCACAGAGAUACCGUGACGAGAUCCUGAGGCCCAUUGUUGUGCCAUUCAUCCUCCGCCAUCACCUCAUGUUUCAUCAUGAUAAUGCACAGCCCCAUGUCGCAAGGAUCUGUACACAAUUCCUGACAGCAGAAAAUGUCCCAGUUCUUCCAUGGCCUGCAUACUCACCAGACAUGUCACCCAUUGAGUACGUUUUGGAUGCUCUGGAUCGACGUGUUCCAGUUCCUGCCAAUAUCCAUCAACUUCGUACAGCCAUAGAAGAGUGGGACAACAUUCCACAGGCCACAAACAACAGCCAGAUCAACUCUAUGCGAAGGAGAUGUCUCGCUGCAUGAAGCAAAAUGGUGGUCACACCAGAUACUAACUGGUUUUCUGAUCCACGCCCAUACCUUUUUUUUUAAAGGUAUCUGUGACCAACAGAUGCAUAUCUGUAUUCCCAAUCCAUAGAUUAGGGCCUAAUGAAUUUAUUUCAAAUGACUGAUUUUCUUAUGAACUGUAACUCAGUAAAAUCUUUGAAAUUGUUGCGUUUUAUAUUUUUGUUCAGUAUAGUAUCCUGGGGUAUGCAAGUCAGGUUUAAUUGAAUUGGUGCAGAUUUAAUAUCUGGAAAUUUGGCCAAUGAAUGGCAAAUGUUAACUAGCAAGAAUAGCCUGUUGAAGUAAUAAUAACCAGCAAGCAAACUUAAGUUGUUUUUUAUAGUGAAAUCCCCCAAAUUGUAACCUUGGCGCAGUUAAAUCAGUCAAACCAAUGCAGGUAUGUAGCAAAUAAGGGUCACUUUACCCAGGGCGCAGUGGCUUCCUUCCCUCUCAUUUCCUUAUUGACACCACUUGAAAGGACAGGAUAAGUUCAAUGAUAUUGCAAAUGCAAUGCUGCCUUCCAUCCACCUGUUAUAUUCUGCAUGAUCAAGGAUUAGCCUCAAACUCUCCUUAGAAAUGAAAGGGGGAUCUGUCCUAGACCUGAACCUAUCCAUCACUGCAUGCCUAAACUCUAUCUUUGGUGAAAAUAAUUGCCGAUUUCACAGACUAUCUGCUGUCAACAUAUUUGAGUACUGGUGAACAAUCUUCGCUUAUUUAUUUACAUUUUAUUUCUAGGAAACUCACAAAGUGUACAGACAGAAGCUCGAUGAGCUCACCAACCUCCAGGCAACAUGCAGCAGUGCCAUUAGUAAACAGCGGAAGAGUCUAAAAGACCUCAGGCACAGUCUGUGCAAGUAAGUAGCCCACUCUUAGUGCUGGCAGUUGACACGGAAUGGUUGUCUUAUUUUCCAUAACUAGGACCUGAGCAUUUAAUAGUUUAAUUUUAUUCUACAGGUGCACAAAAACAAGUGAUGAGAAAGAAACGGAACUGAUCAAAGACAUCCAAAUGCAAAUGAAAGACAAAGAGAAUUUCUUCUUUGAUAUGGAAGCCUAUUUGCCUAAGAAGAAUGGGUCAGUGUAUUUGAGGACAUGAUUAUUUAAUUUUUACCAUAUGAGGGUGUCAAAGCAUAUUGUAAAAUGUUGCAGUCUCUUUUCAGAUUGUACUUAAAUUUGGUCCUUGGCAAUGUGAAUGUAACACUUCUCAGCAACCAGGCAAAGUAAGUGUGUUGCUUCCGCUUUAACAAAAUAUCUGUAUUCAGUCACAUCCGCAUGGUUUCUGCAUAUGACCCACUGUUUGUUCUAUUCUCUGGAGCAGAUUUGCCUAUAAAGAUGAAUAUGAGAAGUUCAAGCUUUUUAUGACAAUAAUCUUGAUGUUUGGGGCCAUAACCUGUCUCUUUUUGCUCAAUUACCGGUGAGUUGGUUACACUAUGCCUUUGAUGUUUCCUCGUAGCAUCUUUUAAUGUUUAAUCAAAGCAAAGUAGUUGUAAAUGUCUGUGUUUUGUUGUUGCAGUGUCACAGAUGAAAUCUUCAACUUCUUGCUGGUUUGGUACUACUGCACUUUGACCAUAAGGGAAAGCAUCCUCAUGAGCAAUGGGUCCCGGUGAGCUACUAAGCUUUUUAUGUGACUAUUUAUUAAGUCAGUGAGAUCAAAAUACUAUACUUGUGCCGACCUAGUUCUGCUUCUUAAUUCUAAUUCCACUCCAUGUGUCCUUUCAGGAUCAAAGGGUGGUGGGUCUCCCAUCAUUACGUCUCUACCUUCCUAUCAGGUGUAAUGCUUACCUGGUAAGUGCUUUUAUUUAUUUUCAACUUAAAUUAAUUGCUGUUGGUCAAAAGCAAAACAUCUGUUGGCAGUUGCCCUCAAAGUUUUUCUGACAAGCAGUUUGAUUGAUAAAUGUUAUGCGAUCACAUGUAUUGAUUGGUUGCUCUGUCUGUUUCUUCUCAAAGGCCAGAGGGGUCCAUGUAUCAGAUGUUCAGAAGUCAAUUCCUUGCCUUCUCCAUUUACCAGAGUAAGCAUCUACUUUCUCUAUUUAUACUGAACAAAAAUAUAAACGCAACAUGUAAAGUGUUGGUCCCAUGUUUCAUGAGCUGAAAUAAAAGAUUCCAGAAAUCUUCCAUACACACAAAGCUUAUUUCUCUAAAAUGUUGUGCACAAAUUUGUUUACAUCCCUAUUAGUGUGCAUUUCUCCUUUGCCAAGAUAAUCCAUCCAGCUGACAGGUGUGGCAUAUCAGGAAGCUGAUUAAACAGCAUGAUCAUUACACAGGUGCACCUCAUGCUGGGGACAAUAAAGGCCAAUCUAAAAUGUGCAGUUUUUUCACACAACACAAUGCCACAUACAGUGGGGAGAACAAGUAUUUGAUACACUGCCGAUUUUGCAGGUUUUCCUACUUACAAAGCAUGUGGAGGUCUGUAAUUUUUAUCAUAGGUACACUUCAACUGUGAGAGACGGAAUCUAAAACAAAAAUCCAGAAAAUCACAUUGUAUGAUUUUUAAGUAAUUAAUUUGCAUUUUAUUGCAUGACAUAAGUAUUUGAUACAUCAGAAAAGCAGAACUUAAUAUUUGGUACAGAAACCUUUGUUUGCAAUUACAGAGAUCAUACGUUUCCUGUAGGUCUUGACCAGGUUUGCACACACUGCAGCAGGGAUUUUGGCCCACUCCUCCAUACCUUCUCCAGAUCCUUCAGGUUUCGGGGCUGUCGCUGGGCAAUACAGACUUUCAGCUCCCUCCAAAGAUUUUCUAUUGGGUUCAGGUCUGGAGACUGGCUAGGCCACUCCAGGACCUUGAGAUGCUUCUUACGGAGCCACUCCUUAGUUGCCCUGGCUGUGUGUUUUGGGUCGUUGUCAUGCUGGAAGACCCAGCCACGACCCAUCUUCAAUGCUCUUACUGAGGGAAGGAGGUUGUUGGCCAAGAUCUCGCGAUACAUGGCCCCAUCCAUCCUCCCCUCAAUACGGUGCAGUCGUCCUGUCCCCUUUGCAGAAAAGCAUCCCCAAAGAAUGUUUCCACCUCCAUGCUUCACGGUUGGGAUGGUGUUCUUGGGGUUGUACUCAUCCUUCUUCUUUCUCCAAACACGGCGAGUGGAGUUUAGACCAAAAAGCUCUAUUUUUGUCUCAUCAGACCACAUGACCUUCUCCCAUUCCUCCUCUGGAUCAUCCAGAUGGUCAUUGGAAAACUUCAGAUGGGCCUGGACAUGCGCUGGCUUGAGCAGGGGGACCGUGCGUGCGCUGCAGGAUUUUAAUCCAUGAUGGCGUAGUGUGUUACUAAUGGUUUUCUUUGUGACUGUGGUCCCAGCUCUCUUCAGGUCAUUGACCAGGUCCUGCCGUGUAGUUCUGGGCUGAUCCCUCACCUUCCUCAUGAUCAUUGAUGCCCCACGAGGUGAGAUCUUGCAUGGAGCCCCAGACCGAGGGUGAUUGACCGUCAUCUUGAACUUCUUCCAUUUUCUAAUAAUUGUGCCAACAGUUGUUGCCUUCUCACCAAGCUGCUUGCCUAUUUUCCUGUAGCCCAUCCCAGCCUUGUGCAGGUCUACAAUUUUAUCCCUGAUGUCCUUACACAGCUCUCUGGUCUUGGCCAUUGUGGAGAGGUUGGAGUCUGUUUGAUUGAGUGUGUGGACAGGUGUCUUUCAUACAGGUAACGAGUUCAAACAGGUGCAGUUAAUACAGGUAAUGAGUAGAGAACAGGAGGGCUUCUUAAAGAAAAACUAACAGGUCUGUGAGAGCUGGAAUUCUUACUGGUUGGUAGGUGAUCAAAUACUUAUGUCAUGCAAAUUAAUUACUUAAAUCAUAUAAUGUGAUUUUCUGGAUUUUUGAAGUGUACCUAUGAUAAAAAUUACAGACCUCUACAUGCUUUGUAAGUAGGAAAACCUGCAAAAUCGGCAGUGUAUCAAAUACUUGUUCUCCCCACUGUAUGUCUCAAGUGUACAAUUGGCAUGCUGACUGCAGGAAUGUCCACCAGAGCUGUUGCCAGAGAAUUGAAUGUUCCUUUCUCUACCAUAAGCCGCCUCAACGUCAUUUUAGAGAAUUUGGCAGUACGUCCAACUGGCCUCACAACCGCAGACCACGUGUAAUCACGUCAGCCCGGGACCCCCACAUCCGGCUUCUUCACCUGCGGGAUCGUCUGAGACCAGCCACCCGAACAGCUGAUAAAACGGAGGAGUAUUUCUGUCUGUAAUAAAGCCCUUUUGUGGGGAAAACUCAUUCUGAUUGGCUAGGCCUGGCUCCCCAGUGGGUGGGCCUGGCACCCAAGUGGAUGGGCCUAUGCCCACCCAUGGCUUCUCCCCUGCCCAGUCAUGUGAAAUCCAUAGAUUGGGGCCUACUGAAUUUAUUUCAAUUGACUGAUUUUCCUUACAUGAACUGUAACUCAGUAAAAUCAUAUACAUUUUUGCAUGUUGCGUUCAUAGUUUUGUUCAGUGUGUGUGUAUAUAUAGUAAAACAUUCUAAUAAUAACCUGCACAAUAUAGCCUAAAUUACUGUAAUGUAAGUGCAUGUCAUUACUCAUACAUUAUUGAUUGUAAAAGUGUUUGAUUUAUUUAUUCAUCGGUAUGUUUUUCAGGCUUUGUGCAUUUUCUUCAAUAUUACUACCAAAGUGGCUGCUUAUACCGGUUACGUGCUUUGGGGGAGAGCACUCAGUUGGACCUCACAGUGGGUAAGAUGAGCUCCUUUGCAGUGAGGACUGUUUCUAAGGCUUUCUUAUUGGUUAUGACUUGGGAAACCCCCUGUGAGCUUUUGAACCAUUUACAAGACAUUUGUGUGUGUGUUAAUAGUUGUUACAAUGAAGUGGGCCACAAGCAACCCCAUGACUGCAAAAAUGGGACAAAGGUGGGGUUUUACCCUUGAGCAAGUUGGUUCUCUUCCAUGUUGAAUGAAAUCCCAGUUGUCGGAAUACCUUGCUUAACGUCAUACACUCUUUGAAUCUCAAGUUUUCCCUUCUACUGCACAACAUUUUAAUUAUGAUAGAAAAAUGUAUUUCUUGCUGACCAGAGUGAGCUGAUGGGGAACAUCUCGCAAUCAGUUUGCAGCUGCCCGUUGAACAGAGUAUUGGUUCUGACAUACAGAAUGUUUAGCUCUGUUUUUGGUAUAGCUUACUGUACUCUCCUUACCAUGAUGUGUCUAGUGAUUAACCUGUACCCCUGACAAAGCUAGUUGAACUGGAUGUUAACAUGCUGUCUUUCUGUAGUUUGUGCCUUACUGAAUGUUAAUUUCCCACCUUAAGUAAUGUAUGUGUCUGUUUUGCAGAGGGGUUUCAGUCAUGGAUGUGGAGAGGACUCACCUUCCUCUUGCCAUUUCUGUUUUUCGGCCAUGUAAGUCAAACACAGGACUACCACACAGCUCCUAAGUAUGGGCUUAGUUUAGUUUAGAGGUUGUUUUACAUUUAUUCCACCUUUCUACUACUUUCAACUCAAGACAUUGGAGUAUCAGGCUUAAUCUUUUCUCAACAGUGAGGAACUUAAACACAAUUGUAUGAAAUGGUCAUAAAUGGUCAUCCAGGGAGGAGGUCAGGUUAGUCUGGGUGUAUGCCAGCGUGUUUCACACAGACUGGGAUGAGAGUGGGGUGGGGAGACGGUCAACUGGAAGUAAAGAUGGUAUUGCAAAAUCUGUCACUAUUGUAAAUGAUAGUCUUGUCCAACAUGAUUGCAAAGCUUUAAUUUUGUUCCUUAUUCCAGUAAAUAAGAUGGUGAUUUUGGCGGUUUAUACAUUUACAUGUACACACUCCAGGGCAAGCUACCAUGCUUGUGUGCUUGAAUAAGGUUUUAGGUCUUGGACUGAGCUUUUCUCUCUCUCCAAUCCCCUUCACAGUUCUGGCAGCUGUACAAUGCUAUGACUCUGUUUCGGUUGGCAGGACAUGAAGACUGUAAAGAGUGGCAGGUAAGGACAGAAAUACUACCCUACAAUCUCCAUAAAAUCCCUUGUUUUUAAAUACAAUACAGUACAACAUGUCUCUACUUCCAGCCCCUGUCUUGUGCAAGCUCGUCUAGAAUUUUCUUGUAACCUAUGCUCAUUACAAGACUACUCUCUGACGCUGGAAGUUAAACUUUGUAGUCAUGACAUCUAGUAUAAUGACAUCACAUGUCAUUCCUAAUGCUUUUGUUUGUAUCUUUCAGGUAUUUAUGUUGGCACUGACAUUUCUUGUCCUAUUCCUGGGGAAUUUUCUCACCACAUUGAAAGUUGUUCACCAAAAGAUCCAGGAAAACCCAGAAAAGGUGCAAAAGCAGGAGUGA